AUGAUGUUAAACUUAUUGAGGAGAAAUAAGGCAGCUGAGCUACAACAGUUUUUGUCUCGGCACCACCCAACAGCUGUACUCUUUUUACCAAUUCCAAGUUGGACGCCCCCUCUGAAUCCUUUACUGUAUAUUCAUCCGCGUAAUGCAUAUGUUGAUGAGUAUUUUCCCAUUCAUUUCUCAUGUUGGGAGAAUCAGUUAGAGCUAAUCAAGGUCAUGGCUAAGGCAGAUCCUAAUGUUCUCAAGCAAACUUCUAGUAAAGAUCAUGUGUCACCAUUUCUAUGUGCAAGUGCUGCCGGGAACGUAAGUGUUUUGGAAUUUCUAUAUGAAAUGGAUGCACAAUCGUUGCACAUGAAAGAUUUGGCAAACCAAACAGCGCUACAUUAUGCUUGCACUGGAUAUAAUAUAUCAACUGUUGAAUGGCUGAUACAAAAGGGAAUGACACUUGAUGAUCAAAACGAGAAUGGCCAAACAGCAUUACAUCUUGCCUGUAGGAGAGAUGAUGAUUCUGCAAUCAAAUUGCUGAAAGAGAAAGGAUGUGACAUAAAUGUAAAAGACAAGGAUACUUCUUGCCUGUAUUAA